AAACAUGCCCCAUAAACUGAGUCUGCACUGAGCUACUCCUGGCUACCGCACCACGCUUCACCCGGCGUGCACUCCAUCUCUCUGGGACGACUACGGCCGCCGCCGCCGCCGCCCCCACCUACGCCAGGUGCCGAGGCCUUCGUUGGCCUCUUCGCCGGUGACGAGAACCUACCAGACUUGGAGCAAGCCUCUCAACAUGUCGUGGGCCGCAAUCGAGAAUGAUCCUGGUGUUUUUACGGAACUGUUGCAGCAGAUGCAACUGAAGGGUCUUCAAGUAAGCAAUCAACUAUCUUCACUCUAUGAGUCUAUGUUCUUGCUAAAGGUUGAUGAACUCUACUCACUUGACCUGGAUGCUCUCAAUGAUCUUCAGCCAAUAUAUGGGCUAAUAUUGCUAUACAAAUGGCGACCUCCAGAAAAGGAUGAGGGUCCUGUCAUCAAGGAUGCAAUCCCAAACCUUUUCUUUGCCAACCAGAUAAUUAACAAAGCCUGCGCAACCCAAGCUAUCGUUUCGGUUCUCUUGAACUCUCCUGGCAUUACCCUUAGUGAUGAGCUUAAAAAGCUCAAGGAAUUUGCAAAGGAUUUGCCACCUGAGCUCAAAGGACUGGCUAUAGUAAACUGCGCAAGCAUUCGUAUGUUAAACAAUUCGUUUGCAAGGUCAGAGGCCUCUGAGGAGCAGAAACCACCUAGCGGGGAUGAUGAUGUAUACCAUUUCAUAAACUACGUUCCAGUGGAUGGUGUCCUGUACGAGCUUGAUGGGCUAAAGGAAGGACCAAUAAGUCUAGGGAAAUGCCCAGGUGGUGUUGGUGAUGCAGGGUGGUGGCUUAGGCUAGCGCAGCCUGUGAUCAAAGAGCACAUCGACCUGUUCUCUCAGAACGAGAUAAGAUUCAGCGUGAUGGCGAUCUUGAAGAACCGGAAGGAGAUGUUCACGGUGGAGAUCAAAGAACUCCAGAGGAAGAGGGAGGGCCUCUUGCAGCAGAUGGGCGAUCCCAACGCAAGCAGGCAUGUUGAGCAGUCACUCGCGGAGGUGGCAGCUCAGAUCGAGUCUGUGACGGAGAAGAUCAUAAUGGAGGAGGAGAAGGUGAAGAAGUGGAAAGCGGAGAACCUGAGGAGGAAGCAUAACUACGUGCCCUUCCUAUUCAAUUUCCUCAAGAUUCUCGAGGAGAAGCAGCAGCUGAAGCCCCUGAUAGAGAAGGCGAAGGCGAAGCAGAAGUCCCACGGCCCCAGCUAGGUGAAAAGCCGCAAUGCACCUACGUACUGUCUCUUUUAGUUGGGGUUCCUUGUAAGAUUGGAGUUCGCGUAUAUGCUUUCUGUUUUUAGUUUAGGACAAUUGCACCAAUAGGGUGCAACUGCAGAUUUAUCCCUGUUUUUUAGACUUUGCGUGUGUGCCUUUAGAUUUUUUGAAAUGAAACUGCUGUAUGUCUCUAUUCCGUUAAACCGUUGUAUGUCUCUACUUCGGUUAGUCGUAUUUAGUAUUUAACGGUGUCAAGUCUUGAUAAUACGACAAGGGAUAAUUAUGUUAGUGUCCCUGUUUUAGGGUAGAACUGUAUAUCUAUCCUUGUUUUUUAGACUUUGCGUGUUUGCCUGUACAAUUAUUAUGCUUAACAUGAUGAGGAUGUUAUGCUCU